AUGAACAAUACCAACAAUAGUUCCGGAGCUAUGAGUUAUGAGUAUGCAGCCUCUGCCACAGUGUAUGGUUGCGUGUUGGUGCUGGGACUGCCGCUCAACGCCGUGUCGCUGUGGAUUCUGCUCCGCCGCCAUGGCCUCAAAUCCUCCAGUGCUGUCUUCAUGAGCCACCUGGCUCUGUCCGACCUGCUGCUGGUGCUCUCCCUGCCCACCCGGGUCUACUUCUACACCACGGGCACCUGGCCCCUGGGCAUCCAGGCCUGCACCGCCACCACCAUGCUGUUCCGCAACAACAUCCGCUCCAGCGCCAUCUUCAUCACCUUCAUUGGCCUGGACAGGCUGCUGGCUGUGGUCUUCCCUCUGAGGUCCCGCCACCUCCGCACCACCACCAACGCCUGGAAGGCCUGUGUCUUCGUCUGGCUCCUGAUCGUGGCGGUCAACAUCCCAGAGAGCCUCUACCAGAUCCGUCGGAUGAAGAGCUGUAAUGCCAAUAACGUCUGCUUUGAGUUUACAACUAGUGGAUGUGCUGUGGGGUUGCCGAUCGUUGGUUAUGUGCAGUCUGGGCUGGUGUUCGCCAUGCUGGGGGUCAACGUGGUCUCCUCCGCCAUGGUGUCCUGGAAGCUACGCGGGCACCUCAGCGAUGCCGCCAAGGUCAACAACAAGAUGAACGUCAUGCUGAUCUUCACCAUCAACCUUCUGAUGUUUAUUGUCUUCUUCCUGCCAUUCUCCAUCGUGCUAACGCUCAAAAACAGGGUGGCUGUCAUGCCCAUGUUCUGUCUGGCCAGCGUCAACUGCUGUCUAGAUCCACUGUUGUACUACUUCUCUUUAGAUGCUUUCUGGAAGAAGAAAGAGGGUUCUGACAUGGAGGUUUCUCUGGCCAGAUCACAUGAAAGUAGAUGA